AUGAAAAAUUUUGCUGUAUUUGUUGGAACGAUGACGUUACAGGCUGUUUGUCUGUCCGUCUGUCUAAUUCUGGUUGUCGUUCAAUGCCAAGUUCUGGACUUCACAAGGGAGCUAACACCGGACGACAUCUACUGUGGAAAUCUCCGAUGUGUAGCGAAAAGUUCCCUGAAUAACAUCAACAUCGCCAUAUAUGAUACCACAGAUGAAGACAACUCCGUGAAACUUGCCUCCAUCUCAGUGUUUGCCCCGGAAGUAUCCGUAGACCCAUCCAAGAACAACGUCAUCGAUGCCACAGGGAACAUCUCAAAGUACGACGGGGUCUUGAAUGUUUGGUUCUUGAAGGAUUUUGAUUGCUUGUAUGGAGCGUUUCAGUGUGAACUAGAUUUCUUUGACAUCAACGGCCAAUCGGGUGUGAUCAGAGAAAACUUGACACCAGCCACAGAAGAAAAUGCAACCAUCGUAUACAGCCUAGCCCAAAUUGCCACACAGCUGAAGAAACAUUCGGAGGAGACGGACAAACAACUGGAGGCGCUGAAGCAGGACAAUGAAGUCUUGAAGACCGUUUUAGACAGCAUCUUAGUGAAAGUAUCCAGGAUCGACGGGUUACUGAACUCUACACUUGAAAAAGAACAGCAACUUGGGACCUCGUGUUAUCGGGGUAUGCCGCACAAAAGCUCCAGGGAGACGUUUUUACUGCAAGAGAAGCUCCUGGCGCUGUGUGACACUGAGACUGAUGGUGGAGGUUGGACAAUCAUACAGAGACGUGUGCGAGGAGAUGUAGACUUCUAUAGAGGCUGGGGUGAUUACAAGAGAGGGUUUGGAACCCCAGACACCGACUUCUGGAUUGGAAAUGACAUUAUUCACAGUCUCACCUCACAGGGCUACAACCAACUCCGGAUUGACUUGGUCUACAACGAAACCAAGUUUUUCGCUCAGUACACAAACUUCAUUCAGGCCGACGAAUCGUCUGCAUACACCAUCACAAUUAGUGGAUAUUCUGGAAAUACCUACGACAGCAUGAGCUAUCAUAAAGGCAGCAAAUUCAGCACUUUUGACAGGGAUAAUGAUCAACAUCCCGAAAGCUGCGCCAAGAAGUAUCACGGCGCUUGGUGGUACAAUGGUUGUUACGCAUCUAAUUUGAAUGGAGCCUGGGCAGACGCAAAUGACACAGGUAUGGGUUGGUAUUUUAACCAGACUAACCAUCGGAACAAUGUGUCGUUUACAGAGAUGAAGAUCAGAUAUAUUUCGAGAUAA